AUGACUAUGAUUCCGCCGCUCCCUGCAUCAGUUCUUGCGGCGAACCCGGCAUUUGCCAAGGUCUGGAAUCACCUUGCCACCGAGGUGCUGCGGGGUGAUGCGUCACAGAAGACAGAGAGCGAUCCUUCCAUGAGUGAUGUCGAUGGUGAUGGUGAUGGUGAUGUUGAUGGUGAUGUUGAUGGCGAUGGCGAUGGUGAUGGCGAUGAGGAAGAGGAACCAGAGCAGCAGGCAGGCGAUGACAAUACACCCAUGACUCUAACCCCUGCGCAGAUAAGGAUGAGGGCCAGCGGCAACGGCAGCAGCAGGAAGAAGAGGAGAAAGUUCGAGGACCAACUCCACGACUGCCGAGUCAGGAGGAUGAAGUUGCAGAUGAUGCGCUGCUUGCUUGCCGAUGUCGCGUAUCAUGGUGAUUGGCAUGCAGAUUCUCAAGAGGGUAGCGGGAAGGAGAUGGGUACGACAACAACUACUACUACAGCAACAACCACAACCACAACCACAACCAAACGAGAGCCUGUGGCCACGGAGGCAAGGGAGAACGUGGUUGAACACCACACAGAGAUAGCUCCUCAGGGCAACUCGGACAAGAACCAGACAGAUUCACAGACUCAGCCAACGUCAAUGUCAACGCCGACCAAGACGGCCGGUGAAUUGAGAGAUCUUCUCCUUCUCAUCUCAGCUUAUCUCGAUGUCAGGCUGUGUUCUGGUAAUGCCACUGCCACUGCCACUGCCACUGCCGGCUCCAGUACAAAUCUAGAAUCUGAUGCGCAGCGAAGGGAGGCAGAAGACAAAGACGAAGACACAGAAGUCCUUCUUGCCGACGACAUUGCCCGGCUCAAAGAGAACAUUCCCAUCAUCGCAGAGUUAGUUGGAUCGCGCGUCGUCGAGAUCGAAACGGUGCUGGGCGAUAUCGCCGCGAUUGCUACCGACGACGACGCAGACCAGACCUCAGCGGCACCGGCACCGUCACCAUCACCGGCUGCGACAUCAACAUCAACACCAGCUGCGACAUCGACAUCGACAUCGACCUCGAACCUCACAACCACCACCGGCACACAGGGGCCGUCUGGCACUUUAUUGUCCUAUGUACAAACCCAACUCUCCCACAUAAGCCAUCUCCGCACCUCGACGUUCCCCGAGCGUCUAGCGACCGUCACGAAGCAAUUGCACACGCUGCUCGACAUGCAGCGCCAUCUAUUGCGAAUGCAGAUCCAACACCUCGAGAGCUCCAAACACGGCAUCCUGCACCGCCACGCCAUGUCGCGCCUCACGUUCCUCACCACCGUCGCGCAAGCCAUGGACCUGAAGACCCGUGUUCUUGUUAUGGAGACGCAGAGGACCAUGGACAUGGAAGAAGACGACGACGACGAGACCGGCACCGGCACCGCGGCCGCACAGCGCAAGAACCGCAACCGCAUCAUGGCCCAGCAGCUGCGCGAGCUGGAUGCACAGGACGCACAAGCAGACCAAAGACUCGCCGCGCUGGAUGACCUGCUGGCCGAGUAUGAAGCCGUCGAUCCGGGCCUCCAGUUGAUGCAGAGGCUGGGCGCCCGCUACAGGGAUCUAGAGGCCGACAUGGACGGCGUGAGGCGUCAUAUUGAGACCUUGGAACGUACACUUACACGGACACGUACAAGUACACUUCAGCUCCCAGCUUGA